AUGAGGACGGUGCUGCAGAGGGUCAAGUCGGCAUCAGUCACGGUCGAUGGCCAGUUGAUCUCCUCGAUUGGCAAGGGCUUGCUGGUCCUUGCGGCCGUCUCCAAAGACGACACGGAGAAGGAUGUUGAGGCCAUGGCCAGCAAGAUACUCAAGGCCAAGCUCUGGGACGACGAUUCCAAGAACCCGCCGGGCCGCUGGAAAUGCAACGUGACCGAUAUCCAUGGCGAGGUUUUGUGUGUCUCCCAAUUCACGCUACUGGCCUCUAUGAAGAAGGGAAACAAGCCGGAUUUCCACCAAUCCGCAAACGGCGACCAAGCCAAGACACUAUACCACGCCUUCUUCAAGAAGGUCGGAUCUCUCUAUGAGUCCGACAAGGUCAAAGACGGACUUUUUGCUGCUAUGAUGGAUGUUGCUCUGGUUAACGAUGGGCCGGUCACUAUUCAAAUCGACACCAACCCACGGAAGACGGACGCUUCAACCUCGGGUGCUCCAAACGGAAGCAAUCAGCAGACAGUCGACGUUGAUGACCGCAAGUAG